AUGGUCGCCCUCAGCGCACUCGUCCUCGCACUCAGCGCCGUCUCCGCGCUCGGCAGCCAGAUGGCGUCCCGCGGGCUCACCCGUGUUUGUGGCACCGAAAUCUCCACCGCGGAGAAGGACGCCGUUGAGGCCGACUUUGCUGCGCGCCGGACGGAGCUUAAGCUUGCUGCCGAUGCGCAAAAGCCCAAGCGGGUAACCAUCCCGACAUACGUGCAUGUCGUCCGCAGCUCGCGGAAGCUUUCCGGCGGCAACGUUCCUGACUCCCAGAUUGCUGAUCAAAUGCGCGUUCUCAACGCCGCCUUUGCGAACACAUCCUACUCCUUCAAGCUCGUCGAGACGACCCGCACGACCAACAAGAACUGGUUCGAAUACGCCUCAAACUACGAGGACGGCAUCGGCAACCAGACGGAAAUGAAGACCGCCCUUCGCCGCGGGGACGCGAAGGCGCUCAAUGUGUAUACGGUUGGGUUCAGGGAGGGCACCGCGGGCCUUUACGGGUUGCUCGGCUACGGGACGUUCCCGUUCGACUACGAAGAUGCUCCGAAGAACGAUGGUGUCGUGAUCCUGUACAGCACCGUCCCCGGCGGCACGACCGACCCUUACAACUUUGGUACAAAUUUAGUCCACGAGGUCGGACACUGGACGGGCCUCUACCACGUCUUCAACGAGGGAGAUCUUUCGGGGACGUGCGAUGGCUCGUCUGACCUGGUCGACGAUACCCCGGCGCAGCGCUACCCGACCUUCGGCUGUCCCGAGCGUCAGGACAGCUGCCCUGACCUGCCUGGCGACGACGCGAUCCACAACUACAUGGACUACAGCACCGAGGACUGCCAGAACAACUUCACGCCUGGCCAGCGCGAGCGCAUGCACGCACAGAUGGGAGUUUACCGUGGGAUCUGA